AUGCUCACAUCUUGGCCUCGUUUCGCACUGUCAUACCAUUCCCAACAGCCUGGAGGUACAUGGAAAGCGACAAGGUCAACACGAUUUACCUCAAUCGAUCAAGUGAAACUACUUCUUGGAGCGCGCCCGGAGCCAACCCAUCUGCGCAAUUCUCGUCGACCUACGGUCACGCACGAGGAUAAACUGAUAACUCUGCCGAAGUCCUUUCACGCGGGACUCCAGUGGCCCAAAUGUAAAACAAUCACGCAGAUACGUGAUCAGUCAAGCUGUGGUUCAUGCUGGGCAUUCGCAGCUGUCUCGGCUAUGAGCGACCGGAUUUGCAUACACACGGGCGGAAGAUACAGACCAGAGCUCAGUGCGCUUGAUCUUUUAUCGUGCUGUGAAAAUUGUGGCUCCGGUUGUGAAGGUGGCUGGCCCGGUCCUGCAUGGGACCAUUGGGUAAAACACGGGAUUGUGACGGGUGGUUCGAAAGAGGAUAAUACCGGUUGUCUUCCCUAUCCGUUCCCACGUUGUGAGCAUCAUACGAACGGUUCGUACGGUCCGUGUCCGAAGGAACAUUAUGCCACACCUGAGUGUGAAUUAACUUGUAACCAGGACUAUGAAAAAUCUUACGUAGCCGAUUUGUGGUUUGGUAGCACAUCGUACAACCUAUUGCACAACGAGGAGACCAUCAUGAAAGAGAUCAUGAUCAACGGACCGGUGGAAGCAGUUUUCAACGUUUACGAGGAUUUUGUCAACUACNCUUGGUGGUCAUGCGGUGCGCCUUUUGGGUUGGGGCGAAACCGGCGGUGA